ACUCAAAGUAAAUAAAAAGUAAACAAACCAACAUGUUAAUAUUACGAAAUUUACGAAUUUUAACAAAUUUAACAAAAACUAAUGUACCAAAACGUUAUCUAAGAGGUUUACCACAACGAAGGGUAGAAUUUAGCGCCCUACCUUCUGUCACCAGUGCAGAGGAGGAAAAAGAUGAGGUAAAAUUGGCACAAAAAGAAUUGGCCGAAUUGACGGGUGGCCUUAGUAUGCAGCAGCUAAAAGAAAUUUUAGAACCGCACAAAAAUAAAACUUUAAAAAGACAGGAAGACUCUAAGGAAGAGCAGCUAUCCACGGAAGUUAGCAAACAGCCACUUUUACCCACCUACAACUUGGCGGCUUAUGUCGACAAAUCGGAAUUACUGCAGCAAUUCAUACAAUUGGGUGUAGACUUAAGUGCCAUUGAAAGGCGCAAGGGCUUGCCAGAAUUUGUAUUGAAAUUGGAUCUAGAACAGGAUGUUAAACCUCGUCUGUUAUUUCUUAAAGAUCAAGGAGUGCCAGCCGAAAGUUUUGGUGAUCUUAUAACUAAAAAUCCCUUAAUAUUCAAAGUCGACCUAGAUGACCUACAAACUAGAGUAAAUUAUAUGGAAGCGAAACGUUUUAGUGCAAUACAAAUCCAACGUAUUCUCACACUCAAUCCCUUUUGGUUAAUGUUCUCCACUAAGCGUAUCGAUAAACGACUGGGCUAUUUUCAAAAGGAAUUUUCCUUAAGAGGUGAUGAUGUUCGCUUUCUAGCCAGUAAAUUACCGCGCUUGAUCACCUACAACAUGGAACAUAUACGUCAGGCCACAUUUAGUAUACGCGAGGAAAUGGGUUUCGAUAAGGAAGAAAUUAAAUGUUUACUCUUAAGUAAACCACGAUUAUGGCUAUUGAAACCUGAUGAUCUUAUUGAACGUUUUGCCUAUGUUCAUCAGGAAAUGCAACUAUCGCAUCAAAUGAUAUUACAACAGCCGGAAAUUUUAACCUCACGAGAGUUUCGUUUACGGGAACGUCAUGAAUUUUUAAAAAUGUUAGGACGCGCUCAAUAUGAUCCGGAGAAGGAUAUGUAUAUAUCGCCGAAAUCUUUAGUAGAGGGUAAUAAUCAUUAUUUUGUACGUAAAGUAGCUAAAAGUGAUAUGGAAACGUUUGAAUUGUUUUUGAAAACAAGAUAAUUUUUAUAAUUUAAUAAAGAAAAUCUUAUUUUUAAGUUUAUUUAGUUUAGUUUGUUAAUAAAGUAAGAUUUUUUGUAUUAAACUAAA